GGGGGGCGUUCUAACACUAUUACGGGGUUGGAUGGACCACAUCUAGGGGGGUUUGUGGGUGAUGCCUGGGUCCCCCGCCCGCUGAGGAGAUGGAUGAGGACGGGCUUCCUCUCAUGGGUUCAGGCAUUGACCUGACCAAGGUGCCAGCUAUUCAACAGAAAAGAACGGUGGCAUUUCUAAACCAGUUUGUGGUGCACACUGUACAGUUCCUCAACCGCUUCUCUACAGUUUGUGAGGAGAAGCUGGCGGACCUUUCUCUUCGUAUCCAACAAAUUGAAACAACUCUCAAUAUUUUAGAUGCAAAGUUGUCAUCUAUCCCAGGCCUAGAUGAUGUCACAGUUGAAGUCUCCCCUGUAAGUGUCACUGGAGUCACAAAUGAAACCACUUCAGAGCCAUCACAGCAGAACAGUUUACAAGAAUCUGGACCACAGGAAAGUGAAGUAACAGCAGAAAAUAUCUUAACUGUAGCCAAGGAUCCAAGAUAUGCCAGAUAUCUCAAAAUGGUUCAAGUGGGUGUCCCAGUGAUGGCAAUAAGAAACAAAAUGAUAUCAGAAGGACUAGACCCAGAUCUUCUCGAGAGGCCAGAUGCUCCAGUGCCUGAUGGAGAAGGUGAAAAAAAUGCAGAAGAAAGUUCAGACAGUGAAUCCUCUUUUAGUGACUAAGAUUAACUUUGAUGAUAAUUACAGAUAACACGUGUAGACGUACUUCACGUUCUAUCAGAGAGUCUGAACUUGAACUCUUUGUCAAAACAACAUCAAAUGGCCAGAUAUUCACCACCAAGCUUCCUCAGUGCUAAAAUUGUAAUAAUAAUAAAGCAUUUAUAACCUGGCA